AUGUCUUCAACCGUCACUGAAACCCAGACUCUCCCAACCCGCGUCGUCGGGGUGUCCGAUGCGCCUGCUCAACACAGCUUCCCCUCUAUUGUCCCUGCAGAGAAGGAUGAGAAAUUCCAGUCUCUCGUCCGUGGUAACCGGGCCGGCACACUGAAGCUUCGCGGCAUCCCUAUCCACAAUGAUCCAUAUGCGAAGAGGAAAUGGAUGAAGGAGCAUAUGGCCGCAGCAUUCCGUUUCUUUGGAAAGCAAGGAUAUGGAGAGGGCAUCUCAGGCCACAUUUCAAUCAGAGAUCCCGUGCUCAACGAUCAUUUCUGGAUCAACCCCUUCGGCAAGCACUUUUCAAUGAUGAAGGCUUCGGAUUUGGUCCUCGUCGAUAGCGAGGGAUAUGUCUGCGAGGGCGGAAAUCAGGAAGUCAUCAAUGAAGCUGGGUUUAUGAUUCAUUCUGAGAUCCACAAGGCUCGUCCUGAUGUGAUUGCGGCAGCGCAUACACAUGGAAUUUAUGGAAAGACGUGGAGCGCUUUUGGGAAGAAUAUUGAAAUGAUCAGUCAAGAUGCAUGCAACUUUUAUGGCAAAUGCAGCGUCUACAAUGACCAUGGCGGCAUUGCCUUGGCCCAAGAUGAGGGAAGACAGAUUGCCGAAGCUCUUGGAGAUAAUAUGGCAUGCAUUUUGCAGAACCACGGCCUAUUGACCGUUGGAACCACCGUCGACGAGGCCGCUUUCCUCUUUUACAGCCUUGACAAGGCAUGCCACUCACAGUUGAUGGCCGAAGCAGCCGCAGCAAACGGUAUUCCCAAAAUAAUCAUCUCGGAUGAGGUCGCGGCGUACACGGCAAGCUCAGUCCAGAACCCGCAUAAUUUGUACACCGAAUUCCAGCCAGAGUUCGAGCUCAUUGUAGAGGAGUCUAAUGGCCGUGUGCUUGAAUAG